GUGCGCAGCGGCCGCCCCGGGGCCGGUGGGGAGUCUGGAGGUGGCAGCCUGGGGGCCAAGAGAAAUGGCUCAAGAAGAGAUGGAAGUUGAUCUUCAACCAGUGCUUGGUUACUCUGCAGAGAGCUUCAGGAUGCUUCCCACAGAACCCUCUGGUCCUGCGGCGCUAUCUUCUGGUGCUCCAGCGCUCGGUGAAGGAGGAGGCAGCGUUGCAGUUCUUCCUGAUGAUGAUGCUGUUGUCCUACCAAAUGCUGGCACAACAAGGGAAGCAGCUGCUGAGCCUGACGGGCCAUCAGAUCCUGCCUCGGCGCUAGGUGGGCUGCAAAGGCUACCAGGGGCAUUCAAUCCGUAUCGGCCAUUGCUUGUGCCACAGGUCACGCAGCGUCCCCCGCUGAGGAGAGCUCGCAGGCAACAGAGAAUUAGUCGCUCCCAGAGGACUGUCAGUGCCAGGGCAGCCUUGGACAGUUACUUUCAACUCAGCAGGACCCAAGAGCCAACUACAGGACAAGUUCCACAUCUGGAGCCCUCGCAUGUUGCGAGGGGCGACCGGGAACACAGCUCAGAUGAAAUAAUAGAAGUGAGCGACUCUGACAGCAGCACUUCUGGGGAGGAGGAGGGAGCGGCGGAGGCUGCAGCACCGCUGUCCCCACCGGCCCAGGAAGCACCUGCAGCAGCUGGCUCAGGAGUUUCCAGUCAGGUCCAAGUGGAGCCACCUCAGGCUUUGUCUCAAGGUUCUGCAGAACAUGGAAUUCAAGAAGGCGAAGAGGCUGAAGUCCAGCAAAAGCAGAGAACUCCACUAAAGAAACCAGACCCAUCAGCCCCUGUUGCACUGCAGGAUGAGGAGGAAGGGGAUACCUGUGCAAUCUGUUUUGAGCAGUGGACCAAUGCUGGAGACCACCGUCUCUCAGCACUGCGGUGUGGUCACCUCUUUGGUUACACCUGCAUCGAAAGGUGGCUCAAGGGACAAGCAGGGAAGUGCCCCCAGUGCAACAAGAAAGCGAAACGCUCUGACAUUGUGGUCCUUUAUGCUCGUACUUUGAAAGCGCUGGAUACCAGUGAACAGGAGCGCAUGAAGAGCUCUUUAGAAAAGGAACAAAUGUUGCGGAGACAGGCCGAGCUGGAAUCUGCACAGAACCGCCUCCAGUUGCAGGUUUUGACAGAUGAAUGCAGCAAACUCCGCAAGCAAGUUCAGGAGCUGAAGGCUCUGGUGGCCCAGCACAACGUGAGUGCUUCUCAGCAACCUGGCAGCUCCUGCACCUGCCUCCCAGGCAGCCUCCCCUCCAGCCAAAGCCAGCGCAAGUACCACUUGGAGAAGGUUUUUGUGGUGUCUCAGGCUGGGAACUGCAGAGUCAUGGCAUACUGUGACGCACUGAGUUGUCUUGUGGUAUCACAGCCUUCUCCACAGUCUACUUUUAUUCCUGGUUGUGGUGUGAAGAUGAUGAGCGUGGCCAACAUGAAGAGCAGUCAGUACAUCGCCAUCCACAGCAAACAGAUCCGGGGACUGGCUUUCGGCAGGCGAGCAGAUGGCUUGCUGCUCUCUGCCGCUCUGGACAACACUCUCAAACUGACCAGCUUGGCAACAAAUACUGUGGUGCAGACAUAUAACACUGGCCGUCCUGUCUGGAGCUGCUGCUGGUGCCUCGAUGAUACAAAUUAUGUCUAUGCUGGAUUGGUCAAUGGCUCCAUCAUGAUCUAUGAUCUGAGAGACACGAACUCUCAUGUCCAAGAACUAGUCCCUCAGAAGUCCAGGUGCCCCAUGGUGUCGUUGUCCUACCUGCCCCGGAUGGCCUCAGCAUCACUGCCUUAUGGUGGAAUAUUAGCUGGGAGCUUGGAAGGAGCCUGCUUUUGGGAACAGAAAUCUGGCAACUCCUACCGGCCUCAUCACCUGCCACUGGAACCUGGAGGAUGCAUCGAUAUUCAAACAGAGAUCAGCACACGGCACUGCCUCGCGACGUACAGGCCGAGUAAAAAUAACCCAUGUGUGCGUUGCGUAAUGAUGGAACUGACUUGCAGCCCACUGACAGAGGCCUCUGAAGAUGUGGUGUGUUCUUCUAAUCCAGUUCAGACGUUCAGUGCUGGGCCCACCUGCAAGCUGCUCACCAAGAAUGCCAUUUUUCAGAGCCCAGAGGAGGAUGGCAGCGUCUUUGUGUGUGCUGGAGAUGAGGCGUCUAAUUCUGCCCUGCUCUGGGAUGCCGGCAGUGGCUCCUUGCUGCAGAAGCUGCAGGCGGACCUGCCAGUGCUGGAUAUCUGCCCCUUGGAAGUGAACCAAACCCACCUCCUGGCUACUCUGACUGAGAAGAUGGUGAAGCUCUACAAGUGGCAGUGAGAAUGGUCCCUGCACCUGCCACAGAGCAGCUUUCCGAACGUGCUGCUGACCAACCCUACGCAACCACAGCCCCAGGCUGCUGUCCUGCACGUGCUCCUUACAGGAGAUGGGAACCGCUGCAGCACCAUCCUGGCAGUAGGCGAGAAAUGGACACACUGGUGCCUGGAGCAAUUCCCUUCCUUCAUCUUCCUUUUUAGGUCUGCUCUUAUUUCUUCCCUGUUCAACUUUCUUCAGUCAAACUUUGCAAGGUGCCUCAGCACAACAAUAAUUCUCGGACUGUCUCCAGCGUGCGUCGCUGCACUUUUUUCCAGUGUGAAUACAGCACGGGGACUUGCAAAUCUCUUCUACAAAUCAACAAAAACAAGAGGAACUUGAAGACCUGAGGCUCCCACUGAACUUUGUCAUGGAGUGCUGCUGUGAUUACUGGGUGAUGGAAAGGUGGCAAUAUUGGCAUCUUGCUGGUAGGGUCGAUACUCAGAAUAAAAGCAAGUUCAUUGCUUUAGAGAAGGUACUACCAUGUUCCUUUAAAGGUCUAGGGUCAGCUGGCUGUUAUUCCCUGCUGAAGGACAGAUCCUGUUUUGUGGCUGUGGAGAGAACAGGCUUGGAAAACCUACAGAGAACCUUUUUAUUUUUUGUUUUUUUUUCCAUGAGCAUAUACUCUGCACUGUAAUUCCUUAAUUCUCUGCCCCUUUUUCCUUCCCCUUCUCUCUUCUCUGCUUCACCUGCAGGCAAACUUGUGUAGUUUGAUUGUGGGAAAUGAAACUAGAGAAGUACAGGUGAAGAGGAGGUGCUUCUUGCGCUGCUGGCUGCUGCAGCCCAUGGUGUCCUUCCUCAAAGACAGUCACGUAUGGAAACACUCGGAAAAGAAUGCUGCCUGCUUUUUUUCAGCCUUUUUCCCCCUUUGAGGAAUUGGUGGAAACCGAGGGAUUUCAUCAGCUCACUUUCACUGACCUUCUGCCUUCCUUAAAUCAUAGCUGCCAGCUCACCAGCCGGUCACAGAGGCCUCCCAGUUGUCUUGGUGUGCAGCUGCGCUGGGCCUUGCUGGCUUACAUCAGUCUGAGCUCACCGCAUGGGAUCGCGGGUCAGGGGAUGUGUGUGGCCAAGUACUGUGGGCGCUCAGCACCGAGGGGGGUGAGAAUGUCAGAUUACGAAAUGGGAGUUAGGUUUCAUUUUGUGUUUAACAAAACCAAACUUACAAGGAUAAUGGAAGCUGCAAGACUAGUUCCCUCCAGCCACGGUAAGCAGCAUCCAUCCAGUUCAGAUUGAGCAUGGCCCCUCUUAAACUGCCAGGACCAUUUUAUCUUCUGAAGGUUCCGGCUUGCACAGUAUGAUCCUGUUGCUUUACCUCUUAAAAACGAGAUUGAGAUGAUCUCUGCUUAACUUUAUAUGUUUCUGUAUAGUAUUUUGUUCCUAUAUUUUUAUAUACUGUAAAAAUAAAAUGUUUAUAGUUCUUAGAUAUAGCUGGUGCUGCUGUACUUUAAAAGUAUGUCUUGGUGAUACACACUGUGUAUCUUGUGGACGUAAACGAGCGUCCCUGUGUGCAGGUAGGGUUUCUUCCACUUUGUAGUGUUGCCAAGUCAUGCUGGGCUUGAGGCUGAAAUCACGGAAGCGUUCAGCGAGUGGGGAGUCCUCACUCAACCGCGCUGCUCAGACCAGUUGAGGGGACAGGGCUGAGAAAAGUCAGGCUAUGUGCCUGGAACAUCCCUUUAACUGGAAAGAAGCUCAUUGAGGUUGAGACUUCUUGGCAUUUUAACAAUGCUCAGGAAUAAAGGGUUAGUAGAAGGAAAAUCACUGGGACAGGGUCUCCGGUAAUGCCAGCUAAAACCAGAGGGAGCAGGCUGCUCCCUGCCAACUGGGUGCAAUGAGCUGCUUGUUCUCAGCCAUUCCAAGGCAUCCUUUAUGCCCCUCAACUCCAACCGCUUGCUCUGACAAGAAAUCUGGAAAACCUUGAAUACGUCCAGGGAAAGGAAUGAAAACGGCCUUUCAGCUUUUGGUUUUCUAGGUAGCGGUUGUUUUCUGCACUGUACCUCAUUCCUGUAGUAUGAACUAAAAUGCUAUUAAA